AGCCAGCGCCGAGCCUGCACUGGCGCUCACUCCCUCCCGGCGCGCUCCCGGGAGGCUCGCCAGAGGAUGGCCGCUCCUAGUCCCUGGGACUCGGCGUCCGAGCCCAACGCCGCCCGGCUGCUGCUGGGCCACCUUGUGGGCUCUGGCGUGGUCACUCAGGAGAUGUUAAACAUAUCGAAGAAAACAGCUUCUUGCUUUGUGAACUUCUCCAGACUACAGCAGACAACAAAUAUUCAAGCUGAAAUCUAUCAGAAAAGCCUGGAAAUUGAACUUCUGGAACUAGAAAAAGAAACAGCAGAUAUUGUUCAUCCUUCCUAUUUGGCUGAGAAGUGUCACACCCUGCAAAGCAUGAACAGUCAUCUGGAAGCAGUGCUAAAAAAGAAGAGGUCUCUCAGGCAAAGGCUGUUGAAGCCCAUGUGCCAGGAAAACUUACCUAUGGAAGCGAUAUAUCACAGAUACAUGGUACAUUUACUACAGUUGGCUGUGACUUUUAUUGAGAAAUUGGAAACCCAUCUUGAAACAAUUAGAAAUAUCCCUCAUUUAGAUGAAAAUAUAAAGAAAAUGAGCAAGGCUUUAGCCAAGAUGGAUAUUUUGGUGAAUGAGACAGAGGAACUGGCAGAGAAUAUACUCAAGUGGAGAGAACAACAAAAGAAAGUUUCUUCUCAGAUCCCCAAAAUGUUAAGAUGAAGAAAAUUAUGCUCAUAAAUAUGACAUAGUUAUGAAGUCUGUUUCUGGUUGAUUGUCACUUGGGUAUAUAGGCUUUGCUGCUACCAGUACUGAAAGAGCCCUGUUUUUAUUGGAGUACCAAGAUUCAGGAUUCUAUAGGACCAAACUUACUUUUCCUUUGUUUUUUAUACAUUCUUAAUGUACUUUUCAGAAAGCUAAUACAAAUAAAAUAUAGCUGAAUUGAUUAACAUAAAUGAGUUAACCAUUCCGCAGUUAGCAAAUUAUUUUAUUAUGUCCUUUUUUUUUUUAAGUCAUCUUUCUAAAUUGUCUUCUUCAGUCUGAAAGUGUCUAUGGCAGUUAUUCCUAUGGAAUUGUCAUGAUGUUCAGGAAAGAAUAACAUAGCAGGCUUAUUCUUGCAAAGGCCUACUGACAAGGCUGGUCCUUGGCUGAUCCUUCUGGGAGCUCAGCUCUCAGGAGGGCUCCCUCCACUCUCACUAACAGGAGUGGCUCAGUGUGACUCAGCUGUUUGUAUAAUGUGGCUUAUUCUGAACACUUACUUUCCUUGUGGGAGUUGAGAAUUUUGAUACAUGCCAGUUAUAAGGAUCCUUUGGGACUAGUCCCUAGUAAAAUCCUGGGGCUGUAUCUCCAACAAGUUUCCCUGGUAGGUAACAUUUUACGCAUGUGGUCACAGUUCAGUUGCUAAAGGUGUGUGGCAUGUCUUGUGUGAUUCCACUGGCAAAGGACUUCUGCCUGGUUUUCCUCAGACUUUGUCCCAUGAACCUUUUCUCUUUCCCCUUUUGAUUUAUGUGUGUGUUGUGUUUGUGUGUUUGUGGUGCUAGAUCAAACCCAGGACCUUGUGCGUGUGCAUGUGAAGCACCUGCUUUACCACUGUGCUACAGCCCAUCCCUUGCCUUGUGUGUUGUGCUGUAAUAGACCACGGUUAUGAGUAUGGUGAUGUGCUGAGGCCUGUGAAUCCUCAUAGCAAGCCAUGUUCUUGUACUCCCUAAUGCAUUGUUCCAUUUGUGAGGGUGUUCACUGGCAGCCUUAGGAGCAGGCAAAGAAGAAAAGGAGAGCAAGGAAAAGGAACAACACAUUAUAGUAAAUUUGUUGCUGUUUAUCUUGUUAAAUGCUCAGAUAUUUCACCUGAAUUAUUGUUCAUAUGAUCGUUCAUAGAAUACUGAUCAUGUACUAACAAAGAUAUAUUGAUUUGUAUCACAGCUAUAACCACUUCUGGCUUAUUUUGUUUUCAGACCAAGGAUUCAGUUUUGCUUUAAAUUGUGUUUUUUACACUGUUGCAUUUGCUGCAUCACAGGGGUCCACUGAGCCUUUUUUAUCACAAUCCUUAGCAAGAAGACUUCACAUAAUAGAUGAGUAAAAUAGAUACUCUUAAGGAAGCAAGAUUAUUGCCAAAGAAACACCCUGCUAAAACAACAAGAAUUGGGCCGGGGAUUUAGCUCAGUGGUUCCACCACCUGCCUUGAAAGUGCAAGGUCCCGAGUUUGAUUCCCAGUACCAAAAAAAUAAAAAAGAAUUAUGUUUUCAAGUCUAUAUCACUAACUUUUACAGAUGGGAUCUAGAAGAGCAGUAGUAAUAUCUUGAACGUUAUGUAGACUUUAGCAAAGGCCCUAGUUGUAUUUCAUCAUAAGCCGGUUCACACCCAGCUUUUUUCCUGAUGUGAUUUCCUGUAUAUAUUAGUGUGUGUGUAUGUAUACACGGUAUUAUGUGUCAUAUCACCUACUAUGUUGCAAAUAUUGACAUGUCUGGUUUUGUAUAUGUCUUUCUCAAAAUAUCAAAACAAACAUGUAAUUUUUAACUAAAACCUCUUGGCCCUAGUGUGAAUCCCAAGUCAUAGAAAGGGAAGAUGCUAUUUAGUUUGUGCAAGUGUGGGCAUUCAGGCUAUCUAACUCCUAAAAGCUUGAGAAAAAAAUUGAUUUAAUGCUAUUCUAGGAUUGAUAAGUGGUGAUGAAUUUUUUAAAUUCAAAUUUUUUUUUUUUUUUUUUGACACAGUCUCACUGUGUGACUCAGGCUGGCCAUGAACUCACAGUGAUCCUCCUGCCUCAGCCUCCCAAGUGCUGGGAUUACAGGUGUGAACCACCACAUUCAGCUUAAAUUCAACCUUUAAACAUGUGGCUACCAAGAACAGUUAGCUCUGGGGGGUGGAUUAAAAAAAGAAACAAACUGGGCCAGGGAUUUGGCUCAGUGGUUUCACCACCUGCUGCGAAAGCACAAGGACCCAAGUUCAAUCCCCGGUACCAAAAAAAAAGAAACAAACUAUAUUAUGUACAUCUGUCAAACUCCCCAAGAAGAUUAUAAAAUGUAUGUACUGUAAAUAUGUACUAAUAAAUUUUUUAGAAAAAUAA